CACCACCACCUCCUCCUCCUCCUCUUCCUCCUCCCCCCUCUUUUUCAUUUAUCCGCCCGUCAACUUCUCCCUCCGUCCUCAAAAGAGAAAAGAAAUAGGUCGUGUCUUCUAAGCGGGUCCACCCGUUGCUUUCACAUUAACUAUGCGCAACAUGGCGAUGAACCGGUAAACAACGGACAGAGAAAAGAAGACUAGAAGCAGAAGCCGACAAAAGUCAAAUCAUCUCCAUAUCAACACCGUCACCAACACCAACACCAACAACCCGACCAACAUCAUACCACCCUUGAAGUCAAGCACUCAUCUCACUCUCGCUGAAUGGUCAACCUGUGCAUUUGUCUGGAUUUUUCCUUUCUUUUUUUUUUCUUUUUGUUUUUUCUCUUAACCCUCCACCCCCUGACAUGACCGCAUCGACUCCAGCUGGCAACACAAUUGUUCUCCUGUGCUUCCGGCCUUGAACAGGGACAGACGACGCUUUGACUUCAAGCACUGCAGAAUGCCGCCUCAGUCAUCAUCCCUCGUCCCAGCAGCCCCUCCAACUGCUGAGGACGAUCAAUUUGCCGCCAGUAUUUGGAGAAAACGAUUCGAGAAAAGACCUCUUUCACAACACCCUGUAAUUGGGAUACUCGAUGUGGAGUACAACGAAUUGGCCCAGUCCUGGAAGAGAUUUCAAGAAAAUCUUCCCUUCGCAGAUCACGUCGAAUUUCAGGAACGGCCACAAACCUCUGAGGAUGUCCGGGCGGUGGUACGCGACGUGCAGACUCAGUGGCUGUCUCACCCGAGGCAGCAGGUAUUUAGCCGUUCAAUGACACUCUGCGACACUUUUAUGGAGACCAUAGAUCCCCACGCAGUAUUAUUAAUGACUCUUCCCAAGAACGAGUCCUACCGAUCCCUCUUCUAUGGUGUCCUGCAGUCAAUCAUAAAGGCGUCGGCAAAUUAUCCGAGAAUCAUGGAAGGCGUCAUCCGGGCACUGGUCAAAGUCAAUCAAUCGAUCUGCCUUCCACCUGGGAGUGAUGGACUAGCUUUCACCUCGGAUUCAGUCACCUCCAUUGCGAAAUUUUAUUCUUUGACUUUCUUCUUCCUGGGGGAGUUAAUGGACUGGUAUGUAAGACGGUCCAAGUGUCGUCUUCUACACUGCUUGCACCAAGAUGUAUACUUGAACUUUCGGUACCUCAUUUGGAGCAUUCGAAGCAGCGCGAUACACAUCAUCGGUGGACUGAUCGAUGGCAUGGACAUGGAUGACCCGAAGUAUGAAAAGAAGCGGAAGAUCAUGCAGAGCAGCGACCUCUACCUCUGGGAGGAGACGAGAUUGAGCCAAGUCGGUCUGCAAAAAUGGGACCGUCGGAUUAUCGCUCAGACCGCCAUGACCCGUCAGUUGAUAUGGGAGAUUCAGCACGAUGCGGCGGAGAGACUCCAGCUAAGGGCCGAAAGUCACCUGCUUCUCCUGCAGAUGCUCGACUUGACCAGCCAGCGACUUCGCUCGGUCACCCAGCAAAACAGCGGUAUCGCCUGCUUAACGACGACGGUCGCACAGGACAUAGGUAUGCAGGGUGGUGACCUCGGGACAGACCUGCCGUCGGAACUGACAUUGAUCACGUCGCAAGAAACGUCCAGAUUCAAAUGGUCCUCAGGACCUAAACACAAAUACACUCGGGUAGAGCUGCAGCUCGCCUCAAAGCACCUUCAGGACUUUUUCCGGAACGACGACCAAGUGACUGAUCUUGAUUCCGAUGUCGAUGUGAUCGCUGAGGAUAGUGUGGUAGAAUCUUUGCAGCAAUGGGCCACCAAUGUUCAUUCCCAAGUCCUUGCCAUCGGUGGCUCCCCAUCGACUGCGUUUCCCAGUCCGGUCGCCCUCGUCUCUGCCUGCUACGCCACCUUCGCUCGGAAGGCGAAAUUACCUGUCAUCUCUCAUUUUUGCUCCCUCCCCACCGAAGAACGAAGUGGGAUGACCUUGUUCGAACAAGGUCUCAUAUCGCUCGCAUAUAGUCUCAUUCGACAAUUAAUUGAUUAUCUCCCUCCGGUGUUAGAAGGCCACGCCGCCUGCAACCUAAAUACGGAACGCUUCAGCCCGUUGAAUGGCACGAUGACUAGUUGGAAAGAGGUGCUAUCGCUCAUUGACAUGCUGUUGUACCUGGCCCCACCCGUUCUCGUCUGCAUCAUUGACGGCCUCGAUGUUCUCGAAGAUACCUCGACAGAUGGACCGAUUCGAUCCCUCGUUCGAACGCUUUUGACCCAUACGAGACAUCAGACGGCCCCGGCGGCGGACGGGAGCCAAAAUCAGGAUGUGCUGCUGAAGGUUCUCUUUACCGUCGCUGGACGACCGAACACACUAGUGGAGACCCUUUCGGAGAACCGUCUGAUUCUCAGUGAGUCAAAUCAAGUGAGUCAGUUGGCCUCGACCGAUGGGGCACUGAAUCCUGAUGUCGGGAUUGUCAUGAUGAAUGCAUGAAGCAAAAAUUGUCGAAAUACAAGCGAGUAUCCUGGAUUUUAACUUUUUAUUAUCUUUUCCGUUUUUUUUU